AUCCAUCCCUGAGAUAAAGCCCCUCCCCCCUCCAGGCCCCACCCCAGGUGUGAUGUCUCCUGGUGGCCCUCCUUUCCAUCCUCAGGGUCCUCAGGGCCUGCUGGGGUUUGGGCAGCCCAGACCUCCAGUGAUGGGCUAUGGAGCCGGUCCCCCGUAUCCUCCAAACCAGUAUGGUGGAGGAGGAAGAGGGAAUUACGACAGCUUCCGUGGUCAGGGUGGAUAUCCUGGAAAACCCAGAAACAACCGGAUGAUGCGUGGAGAUCCUCGUAACAUCAUCGAGUACCGUGACCUGGAUGCUCCUGAAGAUGUGGAUUUCUUUUAGACUGCUUUUUUUUUUAUUAUUUCCUUAUUUUUACUCCCUCACUGGUUUUAAUGCUGAAUCUCUUGCAGGUCUGAGCACUCAUUAGUCCCCCCCCCUCCCGACCCCCACCCACCGUAGUGUACGAGUGCACACUAUUACACAGCAAACAUUAGCCCUUGUUUUGUUCUUCAAUAAAACUGUAAUGUGGAACACG